AUAAAAACCUUCCGUAGGAGAGUCUUCUCGUCGAUUCAUCUCACGCCUUCCCUCAAUUUUCGCAGAAAUCUCAUUAAUCAACAUGGGUUUUCUAUCCAUCUCUAUGAAGGUCAGUUAGAUCCGUGCACCGUUCCUUUUUCUCCAUACAAUCCCUUGUACGUUUUCUCUGUAAUUUUCUCUCUUUCUUGUUUGAAUUGCUUGAUAUAUGCAUUUGAUCUGAUCUGGGCGCUGGAAACCCUCGAAAUUUGGUCUCAUUUUCGUUACAUCUUCUCUGAAUCUAAAAACCCACAUUGAAACUGUACACAUUUCUUGUAAUUUCCCUCGUUCUCUGAUCUGGGUCUGGGCCAUCCAGAUCUUACGCGAAUUCACCAAAAGAUCUGUGAAAAUGGACUUAUUUGACAAAUUCAAGAGCUGGGUUUUGUAUCUCUGUUUGGCAUUUCAAUUGGGUCAUGGAUUUUAUCUGCCUGGUAGUUACCCUCACAAAUACGGCAUCGGCAAUGUCUUAUCUGUGAAAGUGAAUUCACUCACGUCAAUAGACACGGAGAUGCCCUUUAGCUAUUAUAGUUUGCCAUUCUGUAAGCCCCAGGAGGGUGUGAAGGAUAGUGCUGAAAAUCUGGGUGAGCUUCUCAUGGGUGAUAGGAUUGAGAAUUCGCCGUAUCGGUUUAAGAUGCACACCAAUCAGACAGAGGUUUUUCUCUGCAAGGCUGGUCCUUUGUCGGCUGAUGAGUUUAAUCUCUUGAAGAAGAGGAUUGAUGAGAUGUAUCAGGUCAAUUUGAUUCUCGACAAUCUGCCUGCGAUUCGUUAUACCAAGAAGGACGAUUAUUUUUUGCGGUGGACGGGGUACCCAGUUGGAAUUAAGGUUCAAGAUGUGUAUUAUAUGUUUAACCAUUUGAGGUUUCUGGUUCUGGUUCAUAAGUAUGAGGAGACCAACGUGGCCGGUGUGAUGGGUACCGGGGAUGCUGCGGAGGUCAUCCCGACAAUUGGGAAAUCUGGAUCUGAGGUGCCAGGUUUCAUGGUGGUUGGGUUUGAGGUAAUCCCUUGCAGUGUACAGCACAAUGUCGAAUCGUUGAAGAGCCUGAAAAUGUAUGAUAAGUACCCGUCUGCAAUUAAGUGUGAUCCUAGCACUGUGGCUAUGGCUGUUAAGGAAGGUGAGACAGUGGCCUUCACUUAUGAAGUUGCGUUUGUGGAGAGUGAUAUUAAGUGGCCAUCGAGAUGGGAUGCUUAUUUGAAAAUGGAAGGAGCAAAAGUACACUGGUUCUCUAUUCUCAAUUCUCUUAUGGUGAUUACUUUCUUGGCUGGAAUUGUCCUGGUGAUCUUCUUGAGGACAGUUAGGCGGGAUCUGACCCGUUAUGAGGAGCUAGACAAGGAGGCUCAAGCCCAGAUGAAUGAGGAGUUAUCAGGGUGGAAACUGGUUGUAGGUGAUGUAUUCCGUGCUCCAACCAAUCCUGCACUUCUGUGUGUAAUGGUUGGAGAUGGUGUUCAGAUUCUCGGGAUGGCUGUUGUGACUAUAUUGUUUGCCACACUUGGAUUCAUGUCUCCAGCUUCUCGUGGGGCACUGCUCACAGGUAUGCUAUUCUUCUACAUGAUUCUCGGCAUCGCAGCUGGGUAUGUUUCUGUUCGACUUUGGAGGACUAUUGGAUGUGGUGACCAAACAGGAUGGGUUUCAGUGUCUUGGAAGGCUGCCUGUUUCUUCCCUGGUAUUGCAUUUCUGAUUCUAAUGACUUUGAAUUUCCUUUUGUGGGGUAGUCACAGCACAGGAGCAAUUCCAUUCUCACUGUUUGUCAUUCUGAUUUUGCUCUGGUUCUGCAUCUCGGUUCCCCUUACCUUGGCCGGAGGGUACCUUGGGGCAAAGGCACCUCAUAUUGAAUACCCCGUUCGAACCAAUCAGAUCCCACGGGAAAUCCCGGCCCAAAAGUAUCCGUCUUGGCUUUUGGUUCUUGGAGCGGGUACCCUUCCAUUUGGUACGCUGUUCAUCGAGCUCUUCUUUAUCAUGUCGAGUAUUUGGAUGGGCCGCGUCUACUAUGUCUUCGGUUUUCUCUUCAUUGUGUUGGGUCUUCUUGUGGUCGUGUGCGCUGAGGUGUCUCUCGUUCUAACCUAUAUGCAUCUUUGUGUGGAGGACUGGAAAUGGUGGUGGAAGUCCUUCUUCGCUUCUGGUUCAGUUGCCAUAUACAUCUUUUUAUACUCCGUCAACUAUCUCAUAUUUGAUCUGAAGAGUUUGAGUGGACCGGUCUCAGCCACUCUAUACUUGGGGUAUUCACUUUUCAUGGUUCUAGCAGUUAUGCUGGCCACAGGCACUGUUGGCUUCAUUUCCUCAUUUUGGUUCGUGCAUUACUUGUUCUCCUCGGUGAAAUUGGAUUAGAAUCUGCUUCCCUUUCAAUGAAAUAUGCAGUUAAUGGAGGGUCAGCGGGCAAAGUUUUCAUAGAUGGAGCUUAUUUUUUCUGUGUUUUUUUACCUGUCUUGAGUUUGUUAUUUGUAGGGAAACUCUCGUUUAAACGAAUAACAAGAAUAAUAUAGCUCAGUUUUGCCUAAUUUUUGUGGUGGUGGUUGUAAUACUUGCUUGUAACCAUCGUUGCCUCUUACCAUGAACAAUCUUUUAGGCUGC